GAGUGAAGUAGUGCGAAGCGCGGGCCGAAGCGGAGUGGCAAUGAAUGCUGGGUGCAAAGCGUAGAGUCGGAUUGCCGCCUGCCUGCCGCGCGCGCCAAUCGUGCAUCAGUUUAAUCGUUGUCCACUUCUUGUGCCUCGUUCGUUCGUCGAUUCUUGGUGGGUUUUCUAACCUUCUUUUUCUUGUCUGUCGCUCGUCUCUUAUGUGCUCUCGGUCCGUAUCCGUAGUCACUUUGUACGUCGUCGGAUUCUUUUACGUCGCCCUCGGGAAAGGAAAUUUUGUGGAUUUUUUCGAAAAAGUGCAGUGCGACCCGAAAAACCCGGCAGUGCAAAUGAUGUCAAAGAUCCUGGCCUCGUUUUAAUGAGCGCACCGCAAAUCGGCGUGCAAGAAGGAACGAGAAAAACCGGCCGACUUAAAUCAACGGAUCAUCUUUAAAGCGAAACAUAAACCGACAAAGGAUUCAAACAGUGUCCUGGCGAAUAGUUCCAACGAGAAUCGUGAAAAGGAAGAGAAGAAAUCGAAGAAGAGAUCCAAGGAUACGAAAAAAGUUAGCAAAUUAUCUUUUAAUCAGGACGACGACGAGGAGGGCGAAGAUAACUAAUAAAGGUCCAGCAUCAAGGCAAGAUAUCUACAAUUUAAUAAACAACCAUAAAUCACAGAUACAUAAAUAAUGGGAGAAGUUGGCGCUGUCAUACCUGAAAAACAAUCUGAAUCUCCUGCAUCAGCCACACCUGCAUCCACGGUGAACGGUGACGUGAAUGGUCUCUGCAAAUUGAGUACAAGUGGUGGUUCUACAAGUGAGCCAAUGGACGUCGACACAGAAGAUGAUUCACAAGUGUCGUCAGAGAAUGGCGUAUCAGAUCUUUCAGAAAACCACAAUACGGCCUUGAAACUUCCUAUAAUAUCAAAAGCCGAAUCUUUGGGAAGCUCGCCACAAAUUGGAAACAUAGCAAUUAACAAUAAAAUGAUGAAAUCACCAUCCAUACAUUCUGAAGAAAAUUCGCGACAAAAUUUGGAAACAGAAGAUGAUUUUUCAAGAGAUCAACAGAGCAACAAUGAAAUGGAAACAGAAAUUGAAAAUUCUCAAGGUGAUGACAACACAAGAACUACCACAACUACCAAUGAUGAAAAUUCACACGAUGGCAUUGAUGAUCCUAAGGAGGAUUUGAGUUCACAUGAUAACGAUGUGAACAUGUCAACCGAGGGGGAGGAGACGACCAAUGAUAAUUCAACGCAGCAUAAUACAUUAGAAGAGGAAAAUUCACAAAGCAGUCAAAACAGUGAGAAAAGUGAAAAUGGCUUGAAGGAAAAUGGUAUAAAGUCAGUUGCCGAAAAUAUGAAUCGCCCGCCAUCGAAUGAAGCUGAAGACGAAGAAACCCGGAGUUCUAACAAAGAGGUUUUCUCCGAACAUAAAACCAAAGAGAAUGGUGAAGUUAAUGGAACUAAGACAGCAAAAGCCACAAAUGAUACGGAUGAUAUCACGAUCAUAGAAUCAGAUGAAGAUGAUAAUGAAACAGCGGCGCCUCGAUCGGCACCGCCUGCUAAAACUAAUACACAACCAAUCCCCAAGCACAAUUCGAGCCUCCUGAUUACUAAAGUUCAAUCGAAUGUAGAACAGCCGAAAGUUGAUUCAACUACGGAUAAAAAUUCCAAAGGAAAUGGUAAUACCGCGUCAGCAACCAAUCCCAUGGACGACGAUGCUCCGGUCAUAAUUCCGUCAGAUUCUGAAAGUGAUGACGAUUCGUCGAAACAGGCAACAACUCCAGCAUCGUCAGCAAAACCACCGCCUACAGAUGAAGAUAUGAGCGGGGACGAUUGUGUGGUUAUUGAAGAUGAUGAUAAGAAGGACAAAGAGUUGGAUUUGUCCCAGCGAACAAUGAACCGGCAAAGAAAGAGCAUUGUGCGACCACGGGAUGUAGAAGAUGAUGACGAUGUUGCCGAAAUUGUUGAUGAUGAUCUUCCGCCAUCGAAAAAAGCUCGAACUGGCCCUCUUCAAGCACACAAUGCAACUCCGAAUAUUCAACUUGGCCAAAUCACAAUUAAGGAUCCGCGGAGUUUAAUGCAGCAGUUCACAGAUUCGGUGAAGUCUACGUUUCAACAGCAGUUUGCUCAAACAGUUGGUAUGGUUGGAGCCAAUGCACCCAAACCUGUUGCUGGAAUCCUUCCAAUAUCGGCUUCUCCACAAGGAAUUUUUCCUAACAACAUUCGACCUUCGUUGGCACCACUUUCGGUACCACCUAAACUUGUACCUACCACUCCUCCUGUUGCAGCUUCCCCUACUUUGCCUGUAUCAAAUCCUACAUUACUGCCUGCCUUGACGGACGACAUGUUCGUUCUCGAAGCGCCUUCAUUCAUCGUUCCUUAUAUCUAUGAAAAGCCGCCAUCAGAGAACUUGAAGGAAGUUGUGGCGAAACUGGAAACAGAAAUCGCGAAGUUGAAAAAAGAGGUUGGUGCGCCAGCAUCUGAGGAGAUCAAGAAGGAAGAAACAGCAGAAAAGUCGGAGGCGGAUGAAAAGCCUGAAGGUACGACAGAGGAGGAAAAGGGUGAUGAUGAUGAUAAAGCCAAGAAAAAGAAGAAAAGUAAAAGUCAGGAUGAUUCGUGGGAUGAGCUGGAUACAUCGACGGAUGAGGAAGCUUCUGACGGUGAACUUCGCACAAAAGUUCUCAUUAAGGAUGUUAAGCCUGAUUUAGAUACGAUCAAGGCUGUAUUGACUGACGCUUCGAAAUCAACGCCUGCACCACCCCCAGAAGAUAAGAAAAGUGAUCCGAAAAAUGAAAAUUAUUUCGAAAGUCCUCUGGGAAAAUUUUUUAUAGACAUUGGUAUAAAUUUAGUGCAAGAGUAUGUACAAACUGAUUUGCUGCGAAUACAGAAACGCAAGUUAAGCAAAUCCCUUAAGUCAGCGACGGCCGAGACUGAACUCGCCAUUCGCAAUCUCCAGAAGAAUAUUGAAGCAAGUAAGAAGCGCAAUGAACCUUACAAGUUCGACUUGAAACGCUGCGAAUAUUGCAAUUUCAAGUCGGAAUCAGCUCUAUCCAUGGCUCAUCACUAUGAAACACCUCACAUGCGUCAAUAUCUGUACAAGUGUAAUUUCUGUUCGUAUGAAACUCGACCUGCGCAUGAUAUUCUGUUUCAUAUGGAGGCGGUGCAUAAUGUGAAGGGUCGUCUGGAGAAGGCAUUAGCUUACAACCAAUGUCCCAACUGUCCAUUUGAGGAGAACGGCAAGGCGAAGUUUGCCAGGCAUGUACCGGUUUGCGCUAAGAAAUUCCGUCCUGAAGUGAAUUUGCAGCCGCCACAUGACUGGGAAGCACCAGCUAAGAUUCCACGUAUCAAACCACGGCAUGGUCUUGUUGGUACAGCGACGGCAUAUCAGGCGAUGGCUGCGCAAGCUGCUGCACAGAAAGCUCAACUGGCUGCAAUGGCAGCACGAGCUGCGGCCCCGGUUAGUACUCCGCCACCAAGCCGUAAUCGUGGCGGCCGACCAGCUAUCGUUCCCCGAAUGCAGGCGAAUGCACCUACAGGAAUCCGUGGAAACGCCCCACUUCGGCCUCCAAUACCAGGAGUUGUAUUGCCAACUGGCUACCAAAUAGCUCCAGGCGGACAAAUAAUUCAGGUAGCGGGUUCGAACUUGGCAGUUCUUUCCAAUCCUCAUAAUACCUUAAGCCUGCAGCAACCUCCACAACAGCAACAACAGUCACAAACGACGAAGAAGAAUUCAGGACAACAGCCUAGUAUAUCAAUCACGCCUCUUCCUCGGCAACCUGGAAAUGUUUCGAAUGCGAUAGGUUUGUCAGCUACAGCAGCGAUGCCACCAAAACCGCCUGCAGCGGCUGGAAUAAAGCCAGGACAGGCUCCAACGGGUGGUAAAGCUUCGUUCGUUAUAUGUGAAAUUUGCGAUGGUUACAUUAAAGAUCUGGAACAAUUGCGUAAUCAUAUGCAAUGGAUGCAUAAGGUCAAGAUUCACCCGAAGAUGAUACAUAAUCGGCCUCCUCUAAAUUGCCAGAAAUGUCAAUUCCGAUUUUUCACCGAUCAGGGAUUGGAACGGCAUUUGCUCGGUUCUCACGGAUUAGUCACGAGUUCCAUGCAAGAAGCGGCGAAUAAAGGAAAAGAUGCUGGAAGGUGUCCUGUUUGUGGAAGAAUGUAUCAAUGGAAACUACUCAACCACGUGUCACGCGACCAUCACAUGACCCUAAAACCUGCACAUUUAUCAUAUAAAUGCACAGUGUGUACGGCCACAUUCGGAAUGUACAAACAAUUUGAAAAUCAUGUUUACACAGCUCACAGUACCGUUGCGAAAAAAGCUAUGGAUGGCAAGAAGAAUAGCAACAGUAACAAUCCAAUGGCAGGUGGAAGUGGUUCGUCGGUAGCGAAUUUGAGUAACAUGAGUGGCAUUAGUGUCAGUACCAUUGGCGGUUCUUCGAAAUCAGGCGGAAGUCCCAGUUUGUCGACACUGUCGAGUGGCGAUUCGUUGUUGAAACCUCUGAAAAUCAAUGAUGAAAUAACAAUUAUACCACAACCAGCAUCGAAAUCGCGAAGUUCAAUGUCAAACGAUUAUGAGAGUCAUUUACUUGGUAAGUCAUCAAAUAGAAGAUAAGACCUGGCCCCGUAAGGAGUGUUCAAAUGCGAACUUUAUUAAAUGAUUAAUGAUGAUAGUUUUUUCUCCAUAAAGUUGUCUGUACUGUAUUUUAUUUGAAUUCGGUUUGUACGUUGUUUAUAUGAGUUUUAGUUACACAAAUAAAUUUAAUAUUCACAUUAAAAUGAAUGUCCUAGUUCACUGAACAAAGGCUGCAAGUUUCGAAUCGGUCAGGGUUGCAUAUGGAUUUGAUUUGUCUCCCCGCUAGUUUCACAUAAGUUUGAGUACAGGCUAAAUGAAAGAUGUUUAACAUUUGCUUUGCGUACUGUUAAUUAUAAAACUCUUCAGACCAACGAUCCUGAUCUGUUUGAAAAAUGCACGAUAACAAAGUGAGAAGGGAAUCAGACAAACUUUCCAAUGAAUCUUCUGUGUCUAAUCAUGCAAAAUUGACAUUAAUUUCCCACGAAAACAAAGUAAAGUUUGUGAUUGCUAAGGCUUUGUUAAGCGUUGAUUUAAGUCUACUCCUAAUUUACGUCGCAUUUAGUCCAAAAUGAUAAUGCGAUGGAUACGAUGCUACUGAAUCGUUAUGAUCCAUUAAAGCUAUAGUAAAUAUUUCAAGUAUUUAUUAGAUGUAUGCACAUUCUAUUACUACCCUGAUGAUAAUGAUAUAAAGAAAAAGCAAAGAAGAAGGUCGAAGUUUCUGACAUUCAAUAAGGAACAAUGCAAAGGGAAUAUUUACUCGUUAAUGUUGUACAGAAUAAAUACAUUAAAUAAUGUUGCGUACGCUUCAUUAUUAUACUAAAACAGAGUUUAAGAUUUUUAGCUUAGUAGAAAUUCAGUAAUUUAUAAUUAAUUAAAAACAUUUAUAUGAAACAGGUGAGAGGCUCUUGAGAAGCUCAGACACCGUUAGCUAUAAUAGUUGAUAAGACAAUUAUUAUUUCAUCUGCCCACAUGCAAAUUUCUGAUCACUCUCUCUACUUGGCCGUAUUAAAUUUAUGAUUCUUGUUCAUUUAGAAUUUCACGUUUCAGAUGCGAUUCUCAUUAUUUGUCAUUUAUUCUCUUGAUCUGUUGGAUAAAUGAAUAAUUAUCAUUUUGUAUUAAUUUAAUUUCUUGUCUGUAAAAUAAAACCAUUUUUUACAAAUAGCAUUUUUAACGAAUGUAUGUUUUAUUUUAGUCAUGAGGAUUAUGAGUAAGACACAGAAAAAUAAUACAAUGAAAAUGCUUAUUGUAUAAAGUAAAAAAAAAGUAAUAUUUGAUUUGAUGAUAUCAUAAUUUAAUAGAAGAGUAAUUAAUAAAAGCGGUGAUUUAAGCAAGAUA